AUGCCAUUGCAGUAUCCGCUGCUUUUCCCUUUCGGUGAGCAGGGUUGGUCCCCUAGACUUCGUCUACGCCUUCCAGCCGCUUCACGAGAUAAAAACCUUAUAGUAAACAUGUACUAUAGCUAUCAGAUUCAUGAUCGUGCUGGUGUGUACUCUCUUCUCUUAAAGGGUGGUAGGCUCUUCCAGCAGUACUUAGUUGAUGCAUACACAUGUAUAGAACAAAGUCGCUUAGAUUAUAUAAAUACAAACCAAAAUCUGUUUCGUUCCGAGUAUGUUGCCGGCAUGUACGAUGCUCUUUCAAGAGGAGAUACAGAUUCUCGGUCGAUAGGUAAAAGAAUAUUUUUGCCUUCAUCAUUCACAGGCGGUCCAAGGUAUAUGUAUAAACAUUAUCAAGAUGCACUUGCAAUUUGUAGAGUCCAUGGUAAUCCGCAGUACUUUAUAACAUUUACGUGUAAUGUUAAGUGGCCGGAGAUUGCUAGGCAUCUCAAUAAGGUUAACUGUUUGCAUGCUGAAGAUCGGCCAGAUAUCAUAUCCCGCGUUUUUCAGAUGAAGGUUAUUAAAUUCGUCAAAUUUAUGAAAGAAGAUAAAACGUUUGGUGAUGUAGCAGCAUAUUUGUAUACUAUUGAGUUUCAAAAAAGAGGAUUGCCACAUUGUCAUACUCUUCUUUGGGUUACAGAUCCGUAUAAAAUACAAGAUGCUUCUGACAUUGACUCAUAUGUGACAGCUCAGUUUCCUGAUCCUUGUACAGAAUUCUCUCUGUAUAAAACAAUUACGGAGUGCAUGAUCCAUGGCCCUUGUGGACUAUUAAAUCCUAAUAGUCCUUGUAUGCACGAAGGUCAAUGUUCAAAGCGGUUUCCAAAGCCUUUUCAGUCCGAAACCCGAUUUGAUAAGGCUGGGUAUGCUCAUUAUAAAAGGCUUCAAGGCCAACAUCACACAUUGAGAAAUGGCAACCAAAUUGAUAACGGUUACGUUGUUCCUUACAACAAACGAUUAUGUAGCCGUUUUAAUGCGCAUAUAAACGUAGAGUACUGUGGCUGGAACAUGAUGAUCAAAUACCUUUUUAAGUACAUCUCAAAAGGAGCAGACCGUGUUAGAUUUGCAAUCUACAGAGCUCACCAAAACUCUGCUUCAACAUCAACCCAUGAGCCUCCUGUAGUCAAUGAGAUAAUUAAUUUUUUGGAUGGAAGAUUUAUUUGCCCGCAUGAGGCAUCAUGGAGAAUUUUGAAUUUCCCUAUUCACGAAAGACAACCGGCUGUUCAAAUCCUUGCAGUUCAUUUGGAAAAUAUGCAGAAUGUGACGUUUAGAGAUAAUCACAAUCUUCAGUCUAUUAUCAACAAUCCAUCGUUUGGAAAAACGACUUUAACCGAGUGGUUGUCUAGCAAUAAUGCGGAUUCAAAUGGACGGGAUCUUACUUAUACCAACUAUCCUUCUAGAUAUCGUUGGGAUGUUUCCGCAAAAUGUUGGAUUCACAGAGCUCAAAUGAGAACAGGCGCAAUUGGCCGUCUUGUGUAUGUUCACCCAACUUCUGGUGAACUCUUUUAUUUGCGCACGUUGCUUUCUCAUCAAAAAGGUUGUAAGUCAUUCGAUGACAUUCGUACGGUCUCAAACAUCACUUAUACAACCUUUCGUGCAGCAUGUGAUGCGCUGGGUUUAACGGGUGAUGAUAGAGAGUGGCAAACAGCUUUUGCCGAAGCUUCUACCUGGGCCACAUCUUCCGAAUUGCGAUCCCUAUUCUGCCAUAUGCUUCUUUUUUGUGAAGUAAGCCAACCUUUAACUUUAUGGGAAUCUGAGUGGAGAAAGAUGGCUGAUGAUAUGCUUCUAGCUCUUAAUUCUGCUUCGUCGAAUCCUGAUUUCCAUGUAAAUGAUGAUGAUUUACAACAACAUUUGCUUCUAGAAAUAGAAAGACUGUUAAACUCUGCUACUCCAUCUAAAUCACUUAAAGAUUUUGGUCUUCCAUUACCUCCUACAACAAUUCUUGCAACUUUAAGGAACCGGCUUCUAAUGGAAGAGACAAGCUACAAUAGAGCUGCACUAGCCUCACAGCAUUGUGAAAUGCAUUCAUUACUCAAUGCGAACCAGCUUCAGGUCUACAAUGUCGUCAAGGAUUCAACAACUACUGAAUCACAGGUGUUAAUAUUUGUUUAUGGGCAUGGUGGAACCGGGAAAACCUUCUUGUGGACUACAAUAAUAUCUUUCUUUAGAUCCAUUGGAAAAAUCGUGUUAGCGACUGCACUUAUAAUCUGGGAUGAGGCUCCAAUGAGUGAUCGCCGGUGUCUUGAAUGUUUGGAUAGAACUCUGAAAGAUAUUCUUGAAGAUGAGACACGUCUAUUUGGUGGUAAAUCUAUACUUCUUGGUAGCGAUUUUCGUCAGACAUUGCCAGUCAAACCUAGGAGUACACGUUCAGAGAUCAUUGAUUCAACAUUACCAAAGUCUUAUUUAUGGCCAUUUUUCACACGUUACACAUUGUCUGAAAACAUGCGUCUAAAAGAUUUAACUGAUAACACAGAUUCAGCACAAGCCUCCGGUGAAUUUGCUUCAUGGUUACUUUUUAUUGGUGAUGGCUUAAUAGGAGAACCUGAUACAGAAGAUCCAUUAAAUACAAGAAUUGUUCACAUACCAUCACGAUUCCUAAUUACGCCAAAUGAAGACGCUCUCCAAUCUCUCAUCCGCUUUGUGUAUGAUGAUUCAAUACUUGCUAAUCCAUGUGCUGAAAAUUUGUCAAAUAGAGCAAUUGUGUGCCCAAAGAAUGAUACAGCUGAUCAAAUAAAUAAUAUCAUCUUAAAUAUGAUUCCCGGUGAAAGCAGGACAUACAUCAGUCAUGAUAGCAUGGUACCUCAUAUGCAAAAUGCCGCUGACUGUGAAACUUUAUACCCACAAGAAUACUUGAACGAGCUAAGUUUUCCUAACAUUCCCCCUCAUAAGCUUAAUUUAAAAGUUAAUACUCCUGUUAUCAGCGACACCUACUACAAAGACCAGGCUGCUGUCGGCGAUGAUAGUGGAAGACGGCGUCGCGAUAGUCGUUUGGCUAGAACGGGUGACAAUAGUCUGAAAUUAGGAGGAAUGUUGAAGGUAGACCAGUAA